UUAUUUGGGUAGUGUACUAAAGUUUCUCUGUGUAGUCUCUCGAUUCUCGGCGAAUGUGAAGAGAGAAUAACCUGAGCGAACGUCAGCGACGGGGAGAGAGAGAGAGAGAGAGAAUUCUUCAUGGGCUUAUGACUGUGCAAAAAUUUUAGAUUUUGGGCUGUGUAAUAAUUUUGUGAACGUUGGGCUGAUCUAAAGGAGGAUGGUGCUGGUAUUGGCCUUAGGCGAUCUUCACAUACCACAUAGGGCACCUGAUCUGCCACCUAAGUUCAAAUCCAUGCUUGUUCCUGGGAAGAUCCAGCACAUCAUUUGCACUGGAAACCUUUGUAUCAAGGAGGUUCAUGAUUACUUGAGGACUGUUUGUCCUGACCUGCAUAUCACUCAAGGUGAAUACGAUGAAGAGACACGUUACCCAGAGACCAAAACACUAACCAUUGGUCAAUUCAAGCUUGGAAUAUGCCAUGGUCACCAGGUUAUACCAUGGGGGGACCUGGACUCAUUGGCCAUGCUUCAGAGGAAGCUAGAUGUAGACAUACUUGUGACUGGUCAUACCCAUCAGUUCAAGGCUUACAAGCAUGAGGCUGGAGUGGUUAUAAACCCAGGAUCUGCCACUGGUGCACACAGUAGCAUCACUUACGAUGUCAACCCUAGCUUUGUUCUCAUGGACAUCGAUGGCCUGCGUGUGGUGGUCUAUGUUUAUGAACUUAUUGACGGAGAGGUUAAGGUUGACAAGAUUGAUUUCAAGAAGACCACUGCAACAGCACCCUCUGCUCAUUGAUCAGAAGGUUUAUAGCUUGAUUUUUAUACACUUUCUACAAUUGACCAUAAUGCAUACGACAUCAUCAUCUGUGUGUAUUUGGAACUUUUUAUUUACCUGUUUGGUAUUGGUUUCCCAAUAAUUGGCCUUAGGGAUCAUUUGCCAAGGUAUCAUUUUGAAAUGAAUUGGACAAUGAUAAAAGUAUCACCAACCAAUUAUAAGAAUGAGUGGAUCCCAUUAAAGUUCAUAGUGUAUGGCCAAGUAAAGUUGCACUAGAAAUCCGUCAAG